AUGGAGAUGUUACGUAGGAUGUUUAGGAACAUGGUGUCGGUAAAAGUCCGGGAGUAUGUGAAGGACUACUGCCGGCGGAACGGCCUCUUGACGCUGUCUGUGUUCGCCGUGGUGACGGGCUGCGUGCUGGGCUUCCUCCUGCGGUCAUUCAACCUCUCCACGCAGGCCAAGAUCUACUUCUCCUUCCCCGGAGAGCUGCUGAUGAGGAUGCUGAAGAUGUUGAUCUUGCCCCUCAUCACCUCCAGCCUCAUGUCCGGCCUGUCUGCCAUGGACACCAAGGCCAGCGGCCGGCUGGGGGUCCUGACCAUCACCUACUACCUCUGGACUACCUUCAUUGCCGUCAUCGUUGGUAUCGUCCUGGUGCUCAUCAUCCACCCGGGAACCGGCUCGGAGAAGGAAUCCGGUCACCAUGGCGGCUCCGGCCCCGUCAUGACCUCGGCGGACGCCCUGCUCGACCUCAUCAGGAAUAUGAUCCCAUCCAAUUUGAUCGAAGCAACCUUUCAACAGUAUCGGACGGAUCUGAUCCCCAUCGUGCAGACCGACAGCGGGAAGGAGUCCCAGGCCAACUACGUGUAUGUGAUGCCCGACUACCACAACCCCCAGCUGGGCCACCCCGUGUUCCUGGAGAUCACCCCAGCGCCCAACAUCAAGUACAAGAUCAUCCCCGGCAACAGCAAGGGCAUGAACGUGCUGGGGAUCGUCAUCUUCUCCGCCACCAUGGGCCUCCUGCUGGGCAAGAUGGGCGAGCGAGGCGCGCCGCUGGUCAACGUGUGCCAGUGCAUCAACGAGUGCGUCAUGAAGAUCAUCAACGCGGCCAUGUGGUACUUCCCGUUCGGGAUCGUAUUCCUGGUGGCGGGGAAGAUCCUGGACAUGCACGACCCGGCCCACCUUGGGGAGAAGCUGGGCAUGUACUUCAUCACCGUGCUGGCGGGCCUCUUCGUCCACGGCCUCAUCCUCCUCCCGCUCUUCUUCUACGUCCUCACGGGGAAGAACCCCUUCGCCUACAUCAGGGGGCUGCUGCAGGCGCUGGUCAUCGCCCUGGCAACCUCGUCCAGCUCUGCGACCCUCCCCAUCACCAUGAAGUGCCUGCUGGAGAACUGUGGCGUGGACCGGCAGAUCGCCCGCUUUGUGCUGCCCGUGGGCGCCACCAUCAACAUGGACGGCACGGCGCUGUACGAGGCCGUGGCCGCCAUCUUCAUCGCCCAGGUCAACGAGUACGAGCUGGACUUCGGCCAGCUGGUCACCAUCAGUAUCACGGCGACCGCUGCAAGCAUCGGCGCGGCCGGGAUUCCCCAGGCCGGCCUGGUUACCAUGGUGAUCGUGCUGACCUCGGUGGGGCUGCCCCCCGCUGACAUCACGCUGAUCGUGGCCAUCGACUGGGUCCUCGACCGCUUCCGCACCAUGAUCAACGUGCUGGGCGACGCCCUGGCGGCGGGCAUCAUGGCCCACCUGUGCAAGAAGGACUUUGAGAAGGCCGCCGUCGCCGCCGCCGCCGCCGCCACCGCCAACACCACAGUGGGACCCAACCGGAGGGACACGGCCAUCUCCUUCGGGAACCAGAGUGUCACGAUGUCGGAGGCCCCGCUGAUGUCGCACCGCUGCGACUACGUGUACGAGGUGGACCGCGACCAGGUGAUGGAGAGGCCCCUAGCCUGCUACAACCUCUGCCAGGUCUGA